AUGAAAACGUUUCCCCCACCGCAGAGGUGCUUCUGGCCCAUAGGCACGAUAAAAGGUUGGGUUGGUCCAACGGGAUUCUCUUCAAAAUCCACGCCAGAAGACGUGUUGAAGGAUAUUGACCUAUCGAAUAGACUCGUCAUUGUGACUGGAGCGAACAGCGGCAUCGGUAAAGAAACAGCCCUUGCGGCGUUUAAACAUCAAGCACACGUCAUUUUUGCGUGUCGAAACAUCGCAGAAGCAUCGAAAAUCACGAAAGAGUUGAAUUCACUGUUACCGAAAGAUUCAGAACCCCGCGCUUAUGCGUACGAGUUGGAUUUGAGUUCGCUCGAAAGUGUGCAUAAGUUUUGCUUGAAAGUGAGAUCGAAUUUCAACGCUUUACAUGUUUUGGUCAACAAUGCGGGCGUAAUGGGAGGCGACAAAUUCGAAAGAACUGUCGACGGACACGAACAGAUGUUUCAAGUCAAUUAUCUGGCGCACGCGAUGAUUGUUCGAGAGUUAUUUCCUCUGAUGCGUAAAGCUGUGGGCGGCGCUCGUGUCGUUUCGGUGAGCAGCCACGUGCAUUUUUUCACGCAUCGCAAAGGCAUCGAUUUCUCAAAAGUUACUGGUGCAAAUGCGCACGUAAAAUCCGACACCGCGAGAAGCUACGGUACAUCUAAGCUCGCCCAGAUUAUCUUUACCCGAGAUAUGCAAGCAUUAUCGGCUGCUUCGAGACGCGCCUUCGAAAGUGAAAUUUUGUUCUUUUCAGUCCAUCCGGGAGCCAUCCAAACUCCUGGGGCCAAAAAGCACGAAAAUGGGUGGAAAGGCCGGCUCUUGCGAAAGCUUUCGAAGCCAUUCAUAAAAACCGUCGAGGAAGGCGCAUCGACAACCUGCUUCGCCGCGUUCCAUGAAGACGCAACCUUUUUCGCCGGGUAUUAUUUGGCAGAUUGCAAUUUUUUCCAGAGCUCAAAACAUUCUCGCGACCGUUCGCUGCGAGAACAAUUGCGCGAGGUCACCGAGAAGCUCAUAACGGAUUUUACGGAGACUGUAAUGUGA